GCCCUUCAAAAACCCUCAUCAAACAUUACGUAAUCCUCGAAGAAACUUACUUAUAAACAAAAAAAUUAGAAUAAUACGACAUAUCCAAACACCAUAAUUUUCACGAUGGAGAAGAUCAAAUCAAAGAUUGAGAGUAACAAACGGAGGAGAAGACAAGAGAUGAUAACCGAGACGGAGAUGGAGGCAGCGCAACAGUUGAUGCAAUUGAGCGACGAAGAGAUCAGUAAUCUCAAUAUCAUCAAGAAGAACAAGAAGAAGACGAUCGAGGACAUAUUCGGCGUAGAUGAUAUUCAUGAUGAUGAAGAUGAUCAAUGCAACAAGGAAACGAUGAUUUUGAGAGUAAUGUCACCGAAGAAGAGGAAGAAGUAUAGGACGAUUGAGAGCAUUUACAUGGCCACGAGACCUAUCAGGGUCGUGAUUAGAUGAUCCCUGCAAACAACUCUCGUUAGGUUUGCAAUUUAAGGGUUUUUUUUUUUUUUUUUUUUAUAAUCUACAUUGCUAUGGUUUCAUGAAUAUUUAGAGAUAUUUAAGCAUUUUGUAAUUAGUUCUAAGCAUUAUAUAUGUUUUUUUUAUAAUCAUUUUGA